AUGUCGAGUAUUGUCCCGAAACACGACCGACUCCUCCCUCGGAGCCCUCCCCGGGCCCUGCGGAGCAGAAGUUGUUGGUCCCUCAGUUGCCAGCACGCGAAAAAAUUUUUAGUCUUCUGGCUUACGGUUUCGGGUUUUGAUUAUUUCGGAAGGAUGACCACGAGGACCAACAUACUCAUGGCUAACAGCAGCGGGGGAAAUAAAGGGCAUCUUGUCGCGGUGUCUGCAUUUUCAUCUCCGUCCGUGAGGAGGAAAGUGCACGAAGAUGAUAAGGAAGAGAAUGAUGUUGAUCAUCAUCUCCACCUCCUGGGUCACCGAAAUGAAACACGCCUUGAUGUUCGAGGAAGACUUGGUGGUUCGGGGGUGGGUGGUGAGAACAUGACGAGCCCAGGAACCCUCCUCCAGAUGCAGGAGGCGUCUUCCACACUGGUGCAAACGUCGGAGCAGGGGUGCCAAGUAAAGAGCCCCUGUGAGUUGGCGGAGCUUGAUAUGUCGCGCCAGUGGGGUUUCAACGGUAAAGAAUCCGCGAAGAUCAACGACGACGAAGCAAGAGAAAGCUUUUUCAAAAGCCAAAAAAUGAAGCUUCGAAAGCCACUGUACCAGUUGAUCGGACCCGGACCCGAAGAAGCUUCUAGCAUCGACACUCAGUUAGAACAUAUGGGAGAACGCGUACGAGAUGCGCCCCUCUACUUCUACUUUUUCGCUCGGGAAAUACGUGCGGCAUACUGGGUUAUGACCGGAACAUUUGUCGACAGAUACCUGCCGUACCAAUUCUUGUUCCACACUGCCACGAAGACGAUGUUUCCUAUUCUUCACUUUUCCCUCACGGGCCAGCGCCCUUCCCAGCAGCAGGCUAUUGCUUCUGUCGACCGCGAUCUGCAAUACCCCCAGUUAAACGGGCGCACGGGAACACUUUACUCCGUCGCAAGUGACAUGGAGCACGGUUUCGCAUUUGCGAGGGACGUUGAAGCGCAAAGCAACUUUUUUGUCUAUUAUACUCGAGAACCUACAACUGGUACGCAAGGAAAAGGUCAAGGACAGGAAGCUAAUCGGGGAAGAACGCUUGCUCUCGACAUUGCGUUCUGGAACAUGGUAUCCGAGGCAGACAAAGACAUAUUUCCAAAAAUUCAUCGAUGGACCCAAGAACUUACCCUGAAGAAAAAUGCACCCACACAGUUGUCAAUUUGGGAACUCUGCAACACACGAGAGAGAAGAAGAGGAGGAUGA